GAGAAAGAAAUGUAAUUAGAAACAGAGUUUGUUUUCAGAAAGGUACAUGAUAUCCCUUUUGUUUUUGUUUGGCUGACUCACCUAUUACAGUCAGGCACGUGAAGAAAAGAAUAAUUACUUUUGUUGUUUUCCUUAUAUGACAAAUACAAACAUUCCUAAGCUCCUCCUAACUGCAUGGAACACCUGUAUGAAUUGCAAAAUUCAACAGAUGCUAGAGAGCAUAUAAAGCAGGAGAGAGUUCUAUUGAAGACAACAGCAACACAUUAGGUGGUUGUAUGCAACAUGAUCUGGAUCAUUAGCUUCUUGGCUUUGGUGGCUUCCACUCUAGGAUGCGGGGUGCGUCAAUUUCAGCCGGCAGGUAAUUUUGCCAAAAGAUCUAUAAGGGAGAAUGUAGUUGGGGGAAUUCCUGCAAGUAUUAUUCAUGGAAAUGAGGCACUCUCUUGGCCCUGGCAGGUCUCUAUCCAGACAUCCAGAGGUCAGCAAUUUUGUGGUGGUACACUGAUCAGCAACAACUGGGUCCUAACUGCUGCCCACUGUUUAGUACAGCCUGGAUAUCACUAUGUUGUUCUUGGACAAAAUGACCUUGCCUCUAAUGAUGAAUUUGUUCAAGUCAAAAAAGUUGCAAAGGUCAUCACCCAUCCUGACUUCAACAAACCGGUUGAUUUCAACAAUGAUAUUGCACUACUGAAAUUGUCCAGUCCAGUAAAGAUGACAGCCUAUGUCUCUCCUAUAUGUCUGCCUAGCUCCUUCACCAGCAUCCGCCCUGGGACUCUUUGUGUCAUCACUGGCUGGGGCGAAACAGAAAAUGAAGCGAAUCCUCGAUUCCUGCAUGAGGCCACUGUGCCGAUAGUGAGUCAGGCUCAGUGUAAGCAGAUUUGGGGUAGGACCUUGAUCACAGAUGCCAUGAUCUGUGCUGGAGCCUCUGGGGCCUCGUCUUGUCAGGGUGAUUCUGGUGGUCCUCUGAUGUGUGAGAGUUCAGGUGUUUGGUACCAAGUUGGCAUAGUUUCUUGGGGCCACAAAUCCUGCAGCAUUGACCGUCCAGUCUCCUACACCCGUGUCUCUUACUUUCGAAAAUGGAUCACUGAAACCAUUAGAUUCAACUAAAGUACCAGCUAGAGUCUCAUACCUCAGUUUUGGUUCUUCUUUGUCUGAAUAUUUAUUAAUUAGUCUAGUGAUUAAACUGUGUUUUAAUUAUCACUGUUACGCUACUGUUUUGAAUACUGGAAAUACCUCAUGACAUAAUGUCAUUAGAUUUAUUAAAAGCACUUUAUAACUUAUCAAUGCAUCUCUAUUCAUUGUAAUUAACUAUUGUUUAUGCUAAACUUAUGUAUGGAUAUGUACUUAUGGCUCAGUGAAUAUCAAAUAAAGCUUUUUGGGUCUUGA